AGUGAUGAAACAACGUUCAACAAGGACUCAAUGUGCGAGCCACUCUACUCCAAGAAUGCGUGAAAAAGAAUUUCUGCCUUUGACUGCGUCUAAAAUAACGAGCUCUGCAACGACGUCUACUUUGUUUGUAAAUAUACCAAUAAUCCAAGAAACCCGAUCAAAAAUUAUAUGUCUGGAGAAUGCAUCCAUCAUGUUUUCAUGCAGAGAACAUGAUGUCGUCUUAAAUUACUAAAACAGAGAAAGCAUCACGAACUUCCAAUGUAAUGUGUCUGUGUAAUGGAAUAAUUACUCGACUAGGAUGGGUAAUAAGCAAACAAUAUUUACUGAUGAACAGUUCGAGGCAUAUCAGGAUUGCACUUUCUUCACACGCAAAGAGAUCCUACGAUUACAUGCCAGAUACCGUGAACUGGCUCCCCACUUAGUUCCAAUGGAUUACACCAACGAGCCAGAUAUCAAACUCCCUAUGGCACUGAUCAUCAGCAUGCCAGAACUGCAGGAAAACCCUUUUAGAAAUCGCAUUGUGGAGACCUUCUCAGAAGAUGGCGAAGGCAACCUCAGUUUCAACGACUUUGUAGACAUGUUCUCUGUACUGUGUGAAACAGCACCGCGAGAACUGAAGACAAUAUAUGCUUUUAAGAUCUACGAUUUCAAUGUGGAUAAUUUCAUAUGUAAGGAGGACAUGGAGAAGACAUUGACCAAGUUGACGAAAGGGGAGCUGACUCCGGAGGAGGUCAACCUGGUGUGUGACAAGGCUAUCGAGGAGGCAGAUCUGGAUGGAGAUAGCAAGCUCUCAUUUGCUGACUUUGAGAACAUGAUCUCCAAAGCCCCAGAUUUCUUAAGCACCUUCCAUAUACGAAUCUAAGGAAACUCGAUGAGGAACAGAACAUUGUUAUGGAGGUGAUGCUGAACUACAUCCAUGUUCCUCUGAAGUCAUCACAAGGCACAUUUCUUGGGAUUAGACAUUUAGGAUCCCUAUCACCAUACCACAGCUAGGCCCCUGACCUUAGUCUCACUGAAGCACAGUGCCUGUCCUACCAAACACAAGUGGAGAUCUAUCUGAACAUUGAAUUAUAUUUUCAAUGUGACCUUUGUGAUAUAAUCUGAAAAGUGGAACCAGGAGUUUUGAAUACAGGAUUGUGUACCCUGGGGGUCUUUUUCAUGGAAGCACAGGCCUUUUUGCCGAUUCAUGCUCUACAGGAAGUAUCACAUUAGACACUUUGAAAUAGAAAAUCAAUAAUGCAUGACUGUUUUCUCUGUAAUCAAUUCUUAUUCCUUAAAGUUGGACAAUUAGAUGGACAUUAACUCUAAUGGAACAAACAAUGGUGGUGGACAGAGGGUGAACCAAGAUGGGCUCAUUUUGAUACCAGUAGUGCUUAUCUUACACAAUGUGCAAGGGUUUUAAUAGCAAACCUAGGACUUUGUUGCAGAUUUUUUUGAAGGCUAUAUUUUACAUGCAACCAUUAUUUUAUUACUGACAAAAAAAUGGACAAGAUAAAUCAAGGGCUUUUGCAGUGGAAGUUUAUGCCAGAAAGAAAGAUGCAUACAAAGUAUAAAAGCACAGUUUUAGCACAUAAGACAGAACAGUCAGGAGCUAUGCAAUCUGUCUUAAUGAUGUGCAUGAGACUAAUUUAAAUUGCAAAUAUCUUUUUUUUUCUCAUCAAGUAUUGUCUAACAUAAUGGAGCAUAUUGACAAUCAUACUAAACUGUUAUUCAGUUGAUGGAAGGGCUUCGUCUCCACCAUAAUGUCAUGCUUUGAUACCUUUUCAUGCCUCUAAACCUGAUACAAUAGCAGUAAUUUACUUGUGAAUGUAGUAUUUACAAUAUUAUUAACAUUUGGCUAGACUUGAAUAAAUACAUUUUCUGUU